AUAUAUAAAUGAAUAAUAAACAUAAAAGUAAAGGAAAACUAAAGAAAAGAAAAGAAAAGAAAAAAAAUUAAUGAAAACACGUAGUCACUCCUCAAGAUGAAGAUCAGCGCCCUUUAGCAUCAUGGAUCUGGUGUACCAUGAAAAGCAAGAAGGAAGACUUUGCGGCCAGCACUGUGUGAACAACCUCCUGCAGGGUUACUAUUUCACUGCAGUAGAGUUGGCAGCCCUGGCUAGACAGAUGGACCUGGCUGAGAGGAGACACAUGGCAGAGGCAGGCGUACAUACAGACGACUUCAGAAGGUUCAUGCAGCAACCUUCGGAAAAUAUGGAUGACACAGGAAUGUUCAGUGUACAAGUUCUGACCUCAGCGCUGAGAGUGUGGGACCUUAGCCUUGUGCCCAUCACCUCCACCUCCAGCUCCCUCGCUCAGAUGGCUCGCUCUAACCCGGAAGAGCAGCAGGCAUUCAUCUGUAACUACAAGGCGCACUGGUUCACGGUUCGCAAGUUGGGCUACCAGUGGUUCAAUCUUAACAGCCUCCUCUCACACCCAGAGCUCAUCUCACCCACCUACCUUCUCUUCCUCUCACAGCUGGAACAUGAAGGGUAUGCCAUAUUUGUGGUGGAAGGUCAGCUGCCCCACUGUGAUGCCAAUGACUCCCUCCGCCUCAACCCCGCCCAGCAGACCACACCCCGGCUCACCUCACAGGCUUCCUCCGGCUCCUCCACCACGCAGGAGGAGGAGGAAGAAUUGAGAGAAGCAUUAGCCCUCAGUCUUUCCUCCAUUUCAAGUCCUCCUCCUCCUCCUCCUCCACCCUCCUCCACCUCCUCCUCCUCCUCUUCUGCCACCAACCAGACCUGCCGGCAGGAUAGUGUGGAGGAAGACUUACAGAGAGCCAUAGAGUUAAGCCUGACCUGUGGUGGUGGUGGUAGUGAUGGUACUGGUGCUGGUGCUGCUGGUGGUGGUGGUGGGUGGAUACAAGAGGUCUUCGGAGGUCAGGUCACAGGCCAACACAGAGGACGAUGACUUGGAUAUUGCUAUCAAAAUGAGUUUGGAGCAAGAAGGAGGUGUGACUGGAUGCAGCAGCAGCAGCAGCAGCAGCAGCGGGGGAGGAGGAGGAGGAGGAUUAAGUUUGGAGGAAAUGAGACAAAGAAGACUAGAUUAUUUAACUAAGAAAAAUCCCUGACCUCCUCCACUUCUCCUUCUUCCUCCUCCUCCUCCUCUAUUUUCUUUAUUUUUCCUUUUCUCUCCUUUUCAUUUCCUUAGUUUCUUCAAGAGAGAGAGAGAGAGAGAGAGAGAGAGAGAGAGAGAGAGAGAGAGAGAGAGAGAGAGAGAGAGAGAGAGAGAGAGACUGACUCUUUUUUUCUCUUUCUCUCUCUCAGAAUAGCCACAAAUCAAAUGUAAUGGUUUAGAUAUUGGUUAGGUGAGGUGAGGUUGGGCCAGGUCAGGUGAGGUGAGGUCAGGUUGGGCCAGGUGAGGUGAGGUGAGGUUGGGUUGUAUUAAAACUUACAAGUAAUAACAAAUUUGUAAUGUUGAUAAUGUUAGUUUUGACUUUCAUUAUUAUUAUUAAAAUUAUUAUUAUUGUUGGUGUUAUUAUUAUUAUUAUUACUAUUAUUUUUAUUAUUAUUAUUAUUAUUAUUAUUAUUAUUGUUGUUAUUAAUAUACAUUGUAACAAAUUAUAGAUUAUAUUUGUUUGUUUGUGUAUGUUUGUGUCAUGGCAUAGUUAUUGUAGAUGUUAGUAGUGUGUGUGUGUGUGUGUGUGUGUGUGUGUGUGUGUGUGUGUGUGUGUGUGUGUGUGUGUGUGUGUGAUUCUUAAUUAAAGGUACUACUUAAUUUUGAGAUGGUGAUAAGAUAACAAUUAAGGAACAUUAUUACCACAUGUUAACAUUAUCUUUUUUCUGUUUAUGUGCAAAUAAAAAAUGUAAACGUA